AUGUGGUCGAACCAGCUUUAUCCUGGGACCACGUUCCUUUACUUCUACAAGUCCAAGGCUCAUCUAACACCUUUCGCCCUUCUAGUCAUCGUCUUUGCCUUCACUAUAGGCACUCUCAUCAACCGCCGCCGACUGGAUCGCGACGAUGACGUAGACUCGUGUGAGCGUGGGUCGGAGGAUUCCUCCUCCCGCCCCACCUCUCCGCUCCUCAAGCCGGGGAUGCGCGCGGAGUCGGGCGAGCUGCUUCGUGCCUUCUCGGCACGUAUGAUUGCCGGUAACGAAGCAGUUUUUGCGAGAGCCCGCAACCAUGCGAUUUCCAUCCUGAAGUUCGAGCACUUCUUCGGCAUUGACGUCGAACUUGGCUUGCAGAAAUAUGUCCUCAACAACAUGCCCUGGUUGAUGUCCUACCUCGCCAAGAUCUAUUACUUCCAUAUCAGCCUGGGCAUCAUCUUUAUCAUAUACUGCUACACCUUCCUUCCCCCGAGCACGUUCCAGAAAAUCCGGCGAACUAUCGCCAUGGAUAACGCCAUCGCCUUCGUCAUCGUCACGACUUAUCGCUGCAUGCCGCCUCGCAUGCUCCCAGCCGAGUACGGAUUUGAAGAUGUGCUUCACGGAGCCAAGGGAGGAGGCAAUGCGUGGACGCACAACAAGUUCCAGCUGACCAUCGCCGCGAUGCCGAGUCUUCACUGCGGUACCGCUCUCUUCCUCGCCUGGAGUAUCUGCCGGUUUUCGCCUCACCGUCCGCUUCGUCUCAUUGCACCACUGUGGCCGAUGGCUAUGCUCUUCACGAUCGUCGCAACGGCGAAUCAUUUUAUCUUGGACGCUAUGAUUGGUGCGAUGGUCCCUGUUAUCGGAUGGAGGUUUAACCGGGCUAUCCUGGUGUUGCUGCCGCUACAAAAUUGGGUGUUGGAGGGGCUGGGAUUGAAAACCUCUGGGGAUGAGGACAACACUCCGGCAUGCAUCCCGAAAGAGUGGUAA